CACGCAGAGAGUAUCAGGCUUGCCUUCCCCUCGACCGCCCAUGCGGCUGAAGAGCAGUGAGUGAAACAACGACGCUGUAACACUGGAGCUAUAAAAUUGACAACGGGGGCUGACCAGCUGACCAGGCACCGCAGUGUCAUCACUUGCCACUCUCUCUGAAACGACUUUUUGUUUCGGAGAAGUGUAAAUCAGUUCCCCCGGAAACCACUGCUGCCGCACAUCCCAGAAAAAAAAAAUUCACCAAAAAAAAUCCCCCACGCAAACACCAAAUCGAAGCAAAAUGGUGCAAAACAAGAUAACCGAAGUCACCGGAUUCCACCGCUCCUUCAAGGGCCAAAAUCCCUUUGAAACGGACGAAUUCACCAAAAAUGGAUCCCAUCUCAUUGAUUCAUCGUUUAAUUUCGAUUCCUCCCCAAGACACGACAUGCCUUCCAGCCAGCCUAUUGACAUUCCCGAUGCCAAGAAGAGAAACAAGAAGAAAAAGCGUUGCCGGGCAACUGAUAGUUUCUCUGGACGGUUUGAGGAUGUCUACAGGCUGCAAGCAGAGCUGUUGGGAGAGGGCGCUUAUGCCAGAGUGCAAACGUGCAUCAACCUCAUCACCAACAAAGAGUAUGCCGUCAAGAUUAUUGAAAAAAGACCAGGGCACAGCCGCAGUCGUGUCUUCCGUGAAGUUGAGAUGCUCUACCAGUGUCAGGGACACAGGAACAUCCUGGAGCUAGUGGAGUUCUUUGAAGAGGAAGACAAGUUCUACCUGGUGUUUGAAAAGCUCAGAGGAGGGUCCGUUUUGGCUCAAAUUCACAAGAGGCUCCACUUCAGCGAGCAAGAAGCCAGUGUUGUUGUGCAUGACAUCGCCGGUGCUCUAGAUUUCCUCCAUAACAAAGGAAUGGCACAUAGAGACCUGAAGCCUGAAAACAUUCUCUGUGAGAGUGCCGACAAAAUUUCCCCGGUCAAGAUCUGUGACUUUGAUUUGGGCAGUGGGAUCAAGCUGAACAGUGACAGUUCUCCCAUUUCUACCCCUGAGCUUCUCACUCCUUGUGGCUCAGCAGAGUACAUGGCGCCUGAGGUAGUUGAGGCCUUCAGCGAAGAGGCUACAAUUUAUGACAAGCGCUGUGACCUGUGGAGCCUGGGAGUCAUCCUCUACAUCAUGCUGAGCGGCUACCCGCCCUUCGUAGGCCGCUGUGGCGGCGGCUGUGGAUGGGAGUUGGGAGAACCCUGCCACACCUGCCAGAACACUUUGUUUGAAAGUAUUCAGGAAGGAAAAUACGAGUUUCCAGCGAAGGACUGGGCUCACAUCUCCUCAAGUGCCAAAGACCUGAUAUCCAAACUUCUGGUUAGGGAUGCCAAAAACCGCCUGAGUGCCAGGCAGGUGCUGCACCACCCUUGGGUGCAAGGGGGUGCAUCUGACACUUUAUCAACAUCCAUCUUACAUCAGAGAACCAGCAGUACCAGAGAUCUGACGUUCUUUGCUGACAAGGCUAUGGCUGUAAACAGGCAGCUGGCGGAGCAGGACGACAUGGAAGAGCAGCAGCAACAGCAGGAAGUCCCGUUUGUCAUCACUGCCAGUGGCUCCUCCAUGCGCCUGUCUCCUCCCUCCAACUCCAAGCUGGCCCGGCGCAGGCAGCGAAACAGCCAGCCAAAGGGAGGGCCUGUUUCUGCUGCAGAGCUACGUCAGCUUUUGGCCCCUCUUGUUAUUGUGGGAGACUGUGCCUGAGCUUUUGUCAACCUGGACUUUUAACCCUCAAUUAAGAUGCGAAUGAAAGAAUGCCGAGGCUGUCCAUCCCAGUUCUGGCCCCUCUCUCUGACUCUGUAGCCGGUUUUGUUCCCCUGCAAUUCGGGUUUUAAUGCCCAGCUGUUAAAGGGAGAUGCUGCUUGCAGCUCUUUUCUAAAUGCCUUCUGCCCUCAUGCAGCACUUCUGAAGCACAUCAGCACAGGGACUACAUAUAGCAACUACACAAUUUGGAAAUUCAGGGUUAGAGAGGAGGGCCAGUUUAGGACUUUAAAAAAAAGAAUUUAUUUCCCCCCCGUUCUCAUACAUCUCGGUUCAAAAGAAGUCAGAACAUUUUAUCUUUGAAACUAAGCUCAGACACCAAAGGACGACCUGUUCUGCUGCUCCCAUGUUACAACUGGAUCCACUGUGAAUUAAGUUACUGGAAUGUUCUCUUUGCCUGUAUGUAUAUGCACGAAAGGCCCAUCUGCAGAUACGUACAAGCUUAUGCAAUAUGCCAAGAUGAAGGCCAUUUUGUCUCGACAAGAUUUUUGUAUACGUUAAGGGGUUGGAAGGGCUGUAGGCCAAUGCUGUCCGUGCCUGGUGCAGUCUAUUAUGUGGCUGGAGCCUCCACAGAUUUAAUUUUUUCUUACGUUUAGGAUUAAUUCCUUAUCGCUGGGCCUCUUGUAAGUCUUUGACAUGGAACAUGCACUCACCCUUUAUUUGGCCAUGCACUUAUUUUCUUCAGAAAUGUUCACCAGUGUCCCAGAGGCUAUAAUCUAAUGUUGCAAUCUUUCUUUUUUCUUUCUCCACCCCAUCAAUACAUGUCCACAGUGAGUGUUUUGAGAAUUUGUGGAAGUGUAAUAUCAGUGUGUAGGAUGGUGUAUGGCCCCCAAAAACAUUUCAGAUUUUUGAGCUUGUAUUUCUUAUGAUGCACAAGCUGAUAUUCCUAUGACUUUUUUUUCAAAGUUGAAUUGGAUCAGUGGUUUCAUUGUAAUGACUCUGACAUGUCCCUUGCUUUUUCCUUUUUUCUACAAAUGACUUUAUGAAUUAGACUUAACCUUGAAUAUUUUGCUAGUAAAGGUUAAAACCCCUAAAAGGGGUUUGAAAAGCACAUUUCAGCCACUGCGAUCAGAGUAAUUUUUUGAUGGAAUACACUUCAAAUUUAUUUGGAACAUUUUCUUUGUCUUGUCGUUGGGUUUUCUUUUUUUUUUUUUUUUCUCACCCCUCUGCGAGACAGCCCUUCCAGAACAAAAUUUAAUGAGAGGCAAAUUAAAACUUAAAACAAAAAAAAAAUUAAAAAGGAAACAUUCCACCAAAAGAACAAAAAACAAACAAAAAAAUCCUCAAGACAUUAGCUGUAUUAAGUUUACUUUCAUGUUCGAUAACUCCAUGUCAAUGUGCCACACUGUUUCUUUAAUUUUUAAACUUUAUUUUUCCUUUUCCCCAAUUGCUGUUAAGCUUUUUCUGUAUGGUGAUCUUCAUGCAGGUGCUGUUCAGGUGAAACACCAGUUUCUUUUUUAUUUUUUUUUAAGGAGUAAGUGUAUUCUGUAUGAUGUGAGAGUGGAAGUUUUCAUCAGUUGACCUGGAGCGUUCAUGCCCAGUGAAGUCAAGUUUAUAAUUUUCUUGUGUGUUUUGUAAGGGUUGGUAAUUUUUUUUGUUUAAACGGAUUUUUGAGUUAAAGCUCAUUCUGUAAAUGACAGGUAAUGGACUGGUGAGGUCUCAGCACUGUAGCCAUUUCACCAAAGAGGGUUCAAAUCAUAACAUGGAGAAACGUGAUCCAUCACCUAUCAUUGAGAAGCGGGGAAGUUCUGCUUGUCCGUGUCCUGUUGCCAGCGCUGCAGCGACGGUACUCUGGUGUCAAAGGCACCAUUAUGCUGAGGAUGGGACACCGUAACAGUUCUAUAAAAGAAAAAAAAAAUGCCUUUCUACAAAUGCAUCGAGGUUUUAUGUCUUAUAAUAAGACUUACUUGAAUUUGUGUAUGCAGCUGUUUUUUCUCCAGUUUUGGAAAGUACUUUGCUAUCUAAUCGUAAAGCAUUAAGCUGAAGAUCAAGGCAGUCUUCGGAGUUUUGAAGACGCCACAUUCAGUAUUCUGCCGUUUUUUUUUUUCCUCCCUCUUGAGCUUCACACAAGUUUGUCCCCUACUUUUUUGAUAGGGUUGGAUACUCAAACGCACAGACCUUGGCCAUACUCUGUAAUAUCGUAACUGGUAUAGUAAGAGUUUAUUUGGUCAUGACCAUUUCUACUGUCUGUCAAAUGGCAGUUUUUAUUUUUUACUUUAAUUUUUUUUUCCUCCUUUUGAACUGCCUUAUACAUAAGGAAAGGGGACACAAUGAAAUCCUCUAGCCUCCUGAUUUUUUUUAAUACUUUUCUUUGUUUUCUUUUAUUUGAAGUAAGGAAGUGUUAAAAUUCUGUCAUUCGUUCAAAUGGACAGUAUCAUGAACCUCCCAGAGUCUGAAUGUAGCCCACAGGCAAAUCAUUUACAAUCCAGCAACAUUGAUCCAACAUCAUAUAAAUGGUUCCCUUUUCGUGGUGUAUCGGUCUGGUUGUACUGAUGGAGGCCCAACAGUUAGUUUUGGAGCCAACGCCUGAUUUUUAUUUUUUUAUAUAUAUAUUUUGGCCCAAGCCCAUUGUUGUUCAUGGGACAGAAUGUAAACUACAGAAGUCCUUCAAGUACAAAAGAUAUUUUUGAUUUAAAAAUAAGCACUUUACUGUACCAUGUGAAUGAUUGCAGUUCACUCAAGACAAAAUUUAGUUGAAAGAAUUUUGUAUUGUUUUUUUUCUAAAAAAAAAAAAAAAAAAAUGCAAUAAAAUGCUUUAAACCACAA